UUCACCUCUGAGAGGAGACUGCGGCAUCCGAGCCGGGCUUAGGCUUGUGGCUGUGGUCCGAAUUAUGCCAUCCCAAGUUCUGCUGCCCACCCUGCUUCUCUGCAUGCUGCUGCUGUCCAUGCAGACCCAAGGAGGCCACCGGGAACGAGAACGGAAGAGCACGCAGAGUACACAACCAAUCCCCAAAAUCAAGACCUGUGCGAAUCUACCUGAAUUUUAUCAGUGCAACCGCCAAUGUGAAGCUAACCAAGACUGUCAAGCAAAUAACAUAUGCUGCUCAGCCUUCUGUGGGAACAUUUGCAUGAGCCUCCUGUGAGUGGGAGGCAGGCUGUGCUUCCUGCUCCCCACAGUCCUCCACUCCCAAUCUGAGCGCACAUCAGAGGCAUGAGAACCUUAAAAUCAAGUGUGCAAGAAUGUGAACAAGAAGGCUGCCCUCCCCAUUGUUUGCACCCCCUACCCCUGUUAAAUAAACCAGGAUAAAUG